GCCAUUUCUGGGAUCCUUUUAGAGAUGAACACUUGGGCAGAGAGAGAGUUUCUGUGUAAAGACAAGCACGUCUCAUGGCCUGGGUUUUCCCCAAGGCCUUUUCACAGACUGGCAACUGCAAGACCACCCUGCACAGACACCAAGAUUAAGGUUCAUCAGAAACUGCGCUCCUCCUGGAAAGAUGCCAGCCACUGGCACCUCUGGGGAUACCACACUUGGCUGGAUAUAGGGAGGCUGCCACCACUGUUUCCCACGAGGCCAGAUGUACCAUAUGACAGCCACGUGUGGCGCUGGAUUACAGCUCCGAGCACUUAUUGGAUGCCCCAUACCCUGGUCCCUCCCCCCUCACAGAUGAAUGAGAACACCUACCUCAAGCUCAUCAAUGAAGGGGGGGUGUUUAUGGACCAAAGACAGAAAGAAAGGGCAGUGGCUCAAAUGCAGAAAGAGUUCUUAAAGUUUGAGCAACAGAAGAUGAGGACUGAGUGUCGAGCCCCCUCACUAGACUACAUGGGGAAGACCUCUCCUCCCAAGGACAUCAAAUGGUACAGACACAUUACGUCAGGAACAGGCCUGCGAUCACAUUGGGUCCCACUGCAGCCAGUCAGACCUGCACCUAAAGACUCCUGGGACUGGCCUUGCCCUGAUCUCCAGCCCCAUUACCAGGACACAGCACUGAGAUUUGCCUUGAGAAAUAGUAGCCCCAUCUAUCAAGAGCUGGUGGAGAAAUACCAGCAGCUAGUCCUACCUGGGAACAAACUAGGGACUCUAGUGCUCCCAGCAAGAACUCAGCAUGAACAAAGGGCUAACACUCUGGUGUAAUGGACUCUUGGGUGCUCUAUGCAGGGGACCCAACCAUAUGGGAUCCAACUAGCCCUCACAUCACUGGACAGCAAACCGCACUCAAAAAUGCUAAGACAGCUCAGGAGAUGCAGCAGAAUCUUCCAGCAGUUAGUGCUCCCAGCACAGUAAGGCACCUGUUUCCUAUCCAAGAUGAUCAUGCUGGAAUUUUCUCUGUAAAAAUACUAAUUCAACAAUUCAACACCUUUGCUUCAAAA